AUGAUGAUGCGGAUGCAGCUUCAAGCGAAAAAAAUAGCGCGAACGCCACCGCUUCUGCUGCUGGGGGAAAGUCGAGCGAUGCUGCAAGUUCAACUCCGCGUAAGGGAGCAGCAGGCGAUGGGUGGAGGAGUAGAUCUGGGGUCUACUUUCAAAUCUUUUGGAGCGUUUUUGCGUGAAAGAAAUUUCUCUACAAGAGACCUCCCGGGCAUGCGCUCAUACAGGCCAGUUAAGCUCGAGGCGGGAAAAAUGAAUAAGCUCCCACCUCCAAUAACUCUGGGGCAACUGCAGUACAGACAUGUGGACCAUUUAGAGAUGAUGAACGUCGAGGAAGUUCAACAUUUCGUACAUUUCUGGCAGUAUAACUUGCAAACGCUACAGCAACGUUUCGGCUAUAUGUUUGGUUACUACACAGAAGACCCACACUAUCCUGAUGGCAUACGAGCUGUAUGUGAAGCCAUAUACGAACCACCGCAAGAUAACACACUGACGGAAAUUAGAAUUGACGAGGCAGCAGAAAAACAGGAACUGGCAAUAGCAGAACAACUUGCUGAGAGACUCGGCCUGGAGCUCAUUGGCUGCAUAUUCACACACGCCCCCCGUGAAGAAUUACUCACGGCCUCUGAGGUUUUACGCCUUGCUAAAUACCAACUAGCACGACAACGCACAACACAUUACACUGGCUAUCCUCUAAGUAACUUCGCAUGCUGCACAAUAUCUCUUGACCAACGGAAAACGCAUGAUGGAGAGGGUGGAGGAGAAGCUGUUGCUAAUGCGUUCAUGGUUUCCGAUCUGAUCAUGGCGCUGGUGCGCGACAACGUCAUUGCGGAGGAGCAGCCGGACGACUCUCACUUGGUGCUUCGCAAGCCAGAGCCA